AUGGCUGACAAGUCCACCGAGGAGGAUCUCGUCAAGGACCUGAUUCUGCCGCCUCUUUAUCGAGAGAAGAAAAGGCUGACCUUCCAGGAAGAAUCCAAAAAGCAACAGCAUCCCUGGUCCAUGGAAAACCUCCUCAAUGGAUUUGCAGGACGCAGACCGAGCGAGGACGCUCCUGAAGAAGAUGAAGUCGAAGAAGAGAAGGAUUUAUCCUCGGAGGAGAUCAUGUACCGCUGUUGCGUCCAAUUGACAGCUUUCUGCAUCUGCAGCUUGAUCCUCGCCCUGACUACAAUUGUUGGAUACUACUUCAACGUCCACUAACUCGUAAGUCUUUCCAAGGACUGAGGAGCGUUCCUGAAGAAGAAGACGAUAAAUUGAAGGAAAGGAAGAGAUAGUUUUUCUUGACUUGCGGCGCAAUCCUGAUCCUGACUGUAAUUGUGAACCAUUACUUCCAACGUCCCCUGGUUUGUCACUUCAGGAACAGAGAUGCGACGUUCCUAAAGAAGAAGACGAUAAAUUGAAGGAAAGGAAGAAAUACUUUUUCUUGACUUGCGGCGCGAUCCUGACCCUGACUAUAAUUGUGAACUACUACUUCCAACAUCCACUGGUUUGUCUUUUCAGAAACAGAGAUGCGACGUUCCUAAAGAAGAAGACGACAAAUUGGAGAAGAAGAGGAGAUACUUUUUCUUGACUUGCGGCGCGAUCCUGAUCCUGACUGUAAUUGUAAACUACUACUUUCAAGACAAAUUGGAGAAGAAGAGGAGAUACUUUUUCUUGACUUGCGGCGCGAUCCUGAUCCUGACUGUAAUUGUGAACUACUACUUUCAACAUACACUGGUUUAUCUCUUCAGAAACCGAGAUGAUCCUGAAGGAGAAGACGAUGAAGUGGAGAAGAGAAAAGGUACUUUUUCUUGACUUGCGACUCGAUCCCGAUUCUAACUGUAAUUAUCAGCUAUUGCUUUAGUUGUCAACUUUUACUUUAACGUCCACUGAGUGACCUCUUCAGAGACCAAAUAGCUACGUUCCUGUCGAGGGGGAUGAUGAAUCAAGAAGAAGAAAUCUAGCUCAAGAUCCUUUCUUUAGAUUUCCAACUCAAUGUUAACCCUGACUUGUCAAACACUACGUCAACUGAUCUAUCGAUCCCUUCAAGAACCAAGCAGCGACGUUCCCGUUGAGGGGGAUGAUGAAUCAAGAAGAAGAAAUCACGCUCAAGAUCCUUUCUUUAGAUUUUCGACUCGAUUUUGAUCCUGACUUGUCGCACAUUACGUCAACGUCCACCAAUCUGUCGAUAUCUUCAGGAACCAAGCAGCGACGUUCCCGUCGAGGGGGAUGAUGAAUCAAGAAAAAGAAAUCACGCUCAAGAUCCUUUCUUUAGAUUUCCAACUCGAUCUUGACCCUGACUUGUCAAACACUACGUCAACUGAUCUAUCGAUCCCUUCAAGAACCCAACAGCGACGUUCCUGCCAAGGGGGAUGAUGAAUUCGAGGAUAAGAAUUCUCACCCAGAACACUUCCUCCGGAUAUCCGCCUCGACCCUGACCCUAACUUGUCAAAUAACAUAACAUUAUCAAACACUACGUCACCAUCCACUAAUCUAUCUCUUCAAGAACCGACGUUCCCGAAGAGCGAGGCGGUGACGAGACUCUCCUCUCUCAAAAGCAUUGGAACGAUGUUCCUACACCCCCAUUGAUUUUUUAUAUUGAAAAAGUUCCUGAAAGAAGUUCGACUCGUGGAUCCGCAAUUUCGUGUCUCCCUAAGAAGGAAGAUUAAGAGGUGAGAGGUCCUUUCGCCUCUGUUGACCGUCCGUCUUCCUGGGCUGCUCUUUUCCACGGUGAAGCGCCGUUUAUAUCCCUGAACGGUAUUGAUCCCGUACCGAAUUGAAACUGGACUGACAUAUCGAUUCCUCGACAUGUCCUACUUUUCCCUAAGUCAAC